AUGGCCGAGCACCCUGAGCCGCUGGAGAGUGCUCAGCAACCAGCCCUACCAGAAGCCUUGGCCAUGAAUCAAACCACCUCUACCGGUUCUGACGGUGCCCCUGAUGAACGUCCCUCAAAGCGCCUUAAGACAGCGCCCGAUAACGCGCCUGAUGCGGCGCCCACCGAUCUGCCUUCCAUCACCACUGCCGCUUCUGAACCUGCCCGGGACGGCAACCCGCCUACAUCCAACGGUGAGAAUGGCACUAACUCCUCGGCCAGAAGGUAUCUUGUCAAAAAGCAGGAGCUCAGCCAGGCCGCUGCCCUGACCUCUGCCGACAGUGAAUCUGCUACCGGCGAGGAGGAUGGACGUGUAGCGCCUACCGCCAACGCCCCAGCUUCUGCGAGUGUGCCUGAUUCACGAGGUAAGGGCAAGAAAGAGCGUGGUCAGAACGUCGGCCGUUCAUACGGCAGAUUCGAGGAAUCUAUCCAGCUCUGCGCCAGCAGGGCCAUGGCCCCCGAGUUCUCCCCCGAUAACUGUCAAUUCGGAGACAAGUGUAGGCUCUGCCACAACCUGCGCGAGUAUCUGGAGGCUCGCCCCAAAGACACCAGCCCGGAAACGGGGACCUGCCCCCUAUACGAAGUUCUCGGCCGCUGCCCCGCUGGCUUCAAAUGUCGCUUUGCCGAACACCACAUGAUGACCUAUGAACAUCCCGAUGGCCGGCAGGAAAUGGUCCUAACCGAGAAAAAGCGGCCACCUCCGAGGAGGGUGGUUCAAGCGUUUCAGCGUGUCGAUUUCAAGGAGGCGGACCAAUUUUGCAACUGGCUCGACCACGAAGCCAAGAUCGUGGACAAGCUCCACAAUCAGCACCGCAUGAAGGCUGCCACGGAAUUGGACGAACUCCGUGCCCAGUUUGUGGAUCCUCCUUUCUUGCCUUCUGAGAAGAGGCGAUUGUAUUUUGGUCCCGAGACACCCGCCUUGGCUCCCUUAACAACCCAGGGGAACCUUCCCUUCCGCCGCCUCUGUGUUGAGCUGGGCUGCGAGAUCACCUAUUCGGAGAUGGCUAUGUCUGGUCCCCUCCUGCAAGCCCCCAAUAUGAACCCUACGGCCUCGCCCAUCGUCCAAGGUUACGAUAACUCCCGGGACAUGAGGUUCGGCGCGCAAAUCUCGGGCCAUUCCCAUAGGAUGGUUACUCGGGCUGCCAACAUCCUGAACCGAUACUGUCCUAGCCUCCGGGUCAUUGAUCUCAACUGUGGCUGCCCUAUCGAUAUGGUUUACAAGGCUGGAGCUGGAGCCGGAAUCCUCGACUCCAAGAGUAAACUCGAGAGAAUGGUUCGUGGUAUGAAUGCCGUCUCGGGCGAGAUCCCGAUCACGGUUAAGUUGCGGACCGGGGUACAGUCCAGCCGCCCCGUUGCCUCCACCAUUAUUGGAAACCUGGCUUUUGGGGCCCGGGAGCACCGCGAUCGCCUUGGCGCUCCUGGUUGCGCCGCCGUGACGCUCCACGGACGCAGUCGCGAACAACGAUACACCAAGAAGGCUGACUGGUCCUACAUCGCCGAAUGUGCCACACUCGUCAAAACCUACAACGCCCAGGUUGACCUCGAUGCUGACACCUCGGCCGAACCCGACGCCCGCACCCUCCCCAACUCCAAGGGUGGGAAGAUGUACUUCCUCGGGAAUGGAGACUGCUACUCUCAUCACGAGUACUACAGCAACGUUGAAAAGUCCGAGAUCAAGGCCCGGCAGUACCUCGACAAGUCGAGCGCCGAGCGUCUCGAGUACGUUAAGAAAUACGUCGAUUAUGGCCUUGAAGCCUGGGGAUCUGACGACAUCGGCGUCGGCUACACGCGACGCUUCCUUCUGGAGUGGCUCAGCUUUGCUCACCGCUACGUCCCCAUCGGUCUUCUCGAAUAUCUUCCCCCGAUAUGA